UUAAUAAGACCUCUCGUUUUCGUUUUCUUCCAACCUUAACACAGACAGACAUAUUUGCUUGAAGACAAAAUCAAACCUCGUCUUCGAGUUUCGUUCUGGUCUUCCACGUAUGAGCCACUUGCAUUAGUAUAUCUUUUAGGUACAAAUGUCUGAACAUGUUAUGCGCUUCAGAAAAGUUAAAACAGAGAUUUGUAUUGAUGGUUAUGAAUCUGUCUGGUUGAGUCGUUGGACUCGUAGAGACAGAGAUGGGAUGUGCUCGAAGAAGAAUAACGUACUGGAAGAUGGUCAACUGCUGAAAGCGUCAACAGGUUCCAUGAAACUAAAAGGAAAAAUGUUUACUGGAGUUCUUGAUCUAUUUCCUAAUCCUGAUUCAGCUGUUCCAAGUGUCGAAAUAGUACCUGACAUGAACAAAGCACCGCGUAUUGUUGCUGACAGAGAAGACUCAGUAGAAGAGGAUGAAGGGGAAACAAGCAGUCGAGCUACUCAAAGUAUGAAUGUGGAACACUUUCACAACAACCCCAAAACCAAGUUGCUUCGCGAGUGCAAGCGUAUAUGGUCGGACUCUGAAACCAAUAGUCGAUCACAGGUCAAACGUUUGAAGACAAACGCAUCGGAUGAUAGUGGAAAUGAAACCAAGAGCAUGAUGGUUGUUGAAGAUGGGCCAUCAGGGAUGAAGGUGAAUUACUUCCACAGAAUACUCGGAAUCAACAAACCCGGAUCCAGAAGAUAUCAAAAUCCCUCCACAUCACAAAUCAAGAAUCUUAAUAUGGAAGAAGACGUUAACCCAUGGAUUCAGAGAUGGUGUAAGAAAAAAGCUGCAGAGACUCAUGUACCAAGAGGAGGGAAAGAAGUCUACCCAAAGGGCACUGCGCUAGAGAAGCAGUUUCCAAGUAUUGCAGCAAUGGCAAUGAUGAAGAAGGCUCUGAACGGUUUAAACCCGACCAGCUGUAGAAAGACCAACUCCCUCUUCGUCUGGGAUGCUGAGGAUUUAAGGUGAAUAUUUUCUGUAUUGCCAAUCUACCUACUUCAAAUAAACUUGGAAUUGUGUCUGCAAUAACUAAAAGUACUUGCAAUACUGGUGUAAUCAUUUCUACCAUUUGAGAUAUAAGUAAAAUUUUAAGGCCUUGUUUCAA